GUUGUGCAGGGAUGCCAAACGAACUGUAUUUUACUUCACACUUGUUCAGUCGUUACCGUAAACAUGGCGGCGAUGGAUGUUGAACCUCCGAAAAUGGAGCAGAACCUGCGUACGCUCAAGCUGUCGGGGCACGUCGGAUUCGACAGCCUGCCGGACCAGCUGGUGAACAAGAGUGUGCAGAACGGGUUCGUCUUCAAUAUCCUGUGCAUAGGUGAGACUGGGUUGGGCAAGUCUACACUCAUGGACUCACUGUUCAACACCAACUUUGAGUCGGUUCCGAGCCCACACAACCUGCCGACAGUGAAGCUUAAGGCUCAUACAUAUGAGCUGCAGGAGAGCAAUGUUCGUCUCAAGCUGACAAUCUGCGACACAGUGGGCUACGGAGACCAGGUGAACAAGGAAGACAGCUUCAAAGCUGUCGUGGACCACCUGGACGCCCAGUUCGAGGCCUACCUCCAAGAGGAGCUGAAGAUCAAGCGCUCCUUGCCAGUGUACCAUGAUUCCCGUCUGCAUGUGUGCCUGUACUUCAUCUGUCCCACUGGGCACGGUCUGAAGUCCAUCGACCUGGUGUGCAUGAAGAAACUGGACACCAAGGUGAACAUCAUCCCCAUCAUCGCCAAGGCCGACACCAUUUCCAAGACCGAGCUGCAGAAGUUCAAGUCAAAGAUAAUGCAAGAGCUCCAAGCGAACGGUGUGGAGAUCUACGCAUUCCCCACGGACGACGAAUCCGUCGCCGAGGUCAACGGGUCAAUGAACUCCCACAUCCCCUUCGCUGUGGUGGGUUCUACAGACAUGGUCAAGAUUGGCAACAAGACGGUCAGAGCGCGGCAGUACCCUUGGGGCACUGUGCAAGUGGAAAAUGAGUCGCACUGUGACUUUGUGAAGCUUCGCGAGAUGUUGAUUCGCACCAACAUGGAAGACAUGCGUGAGAAGACUCAUGCGCGCCACUACGAGCUCUAUCGCCGCCGGCGUCUGCAACAAAUGGGGUUCAGUGAUGUGGAUGCUGACAACAAGCCGGUGUCGUUCCAGCAGACGUUCGAACAGAAGCGCAGCGCGCACCUGGCCGAGCUGCAGCAGAAGGAGGACGAGAUGCGGCAGAUGUUCGUGCAGCGCGUCAAGGAGAAGGAGGCUGAGCUUAAAGACGCCGAGCGGGAGCUGCACGCGAAGUUCGACAAGCUGAAGAAAGACCACACCGACGAAAAGAAGCGUCUAGAAGAGCUCCGCAAGAAGAUCGAGGACGAAACCAUCGAGUUCAACCGCCGCAAGCAGCAGACGUCCCAGUCGCACCACACGCUCACUCUCGGCAAGAGCAAGAAGAAGUAAACUCCUGCGAUUUCAUGACCUCCUGGUACCUCUGGCAUGAUAAGCGGCUUAUAAUCAUCGGAUGAAUCUAGAUUUGUACUGACUUUGAAGUGACGAAAUGUGGUAGUAUCAUAGACAUUGCAUGUAUAAGAUGACAAAUCUACACUUUGUUAUUGCAAAGUUAGCUUGAUCAACUCAUUCCACUUGAAACCAUUGAAUUCAACCGCCGCAAGCAAUAGACCGCCCAGCCGCACCAGACGCUUACUCGUACUCUUGACAAGAGCAACAAGAAGUAAACUUCAUUUUAAGUCUACACCGCUUUAAAUCAAUUAAUUUCUUACCAGGAACUUAUUCUGCAAACUGAAAAUGCCAAACGAUUCCUAAAAACAGUUAGCCGUGUAUGUAACUAUAUUACAUAAAUAAUUAUGUAACAAGAGGCAGAUUUCCCUAUGAGAUUUUAAUUGGUAUUUUACUUAAUCUAAUGAAAUAAACUGUCGAAUAGAUUUUUUUAUUUAAUAGAUAUGGUUUUCGCUUCUAGGUUUCUUAAUCGAAAAAGAAUUCUAUUUGUAAAACUUACAACUAGGUAACGAUUCUAGGUUGUUUAAGGCAACUUAUCCUCCGCCGACGAUUAGCAAGAAACUAUUAGAGUUUGAAUUAAAUUUUAUUCGGUGGAUGUACUUUUUGUAAAAGAGUAGUCGAUAACGCUUCGGCGGUGUGACAGUAGACUUAAAGCUUGCUUUACUUAACUAGUAUUUGCUUUGUGAUGUAUUUUGUAUUACCAAAACCGCUCACAGACAACCGGCCGUAACCUAUUGUUGACCCUAGGCUUAAUAAUGAAAUAGUUCGAGAUAUGUAGCAAUGAGAUAGACAGAUGGACACACCAUAAGGGUUCCUUUUUACCUUUUUGGUAGGGAAGCCUAAAAUACGUAGAAUAAGCGGCAUUAUUAAAUUGAACCUCGGUAUUUUACUUAAAACAUAGAUGCUGUGCUUUUGAAUACUCUUUAUCGAGAUUUUCUGUUUCGGAAAACUUAAACUUACGACUUAGUUCUCAAAAUCAUGAUUGCUACUGGUAUAUCGCUAAAAGGAGUCAUGCAUUUUGUAUGAACAAAUACAUUUUUAAUUAUUAAAUAAAGUUGUCCCAAUGAGUUACAAUAACAGAUAUAUUUAGUUUUCUGAAUAAAGUGCUUGGAGCACGUCUGAAUAGGUUCGCUUUCCCUACCUUAAGUAAUAUGCUUGCUAUAGUUGCUAUGUUCAUUAGAUGCCGUACUAAAAUAGCUUUUGUAAGACGCUCUAAACAUAUAACUUUCAAACACCUAUUGCCGUAUUAAUUUAAUUAUUAUUUAAUAAGUUAAUUUUAAGAAAAUUGGCCAAAUAGUAAAUGUAACCAAGACUAUCUGGUUAUAAAAUAUCACUCGACUUACCAAAUGUAUUAUGAAUAGUUUAUAAAAGGUUGUAUUCUGUGCGUGAAGAAAGCGUUGACUAGACAUUGGAACUCGAAAUAAAACAGAAAUAUGAAGUGUAAUUUCACUUGAAUGAAUGAUUUGUCUAGUUAACGUAUCCUGGUGAAUCAACUUUUUUUUAGAAACUUAAAUGCAUCAAACACGUAUUUAAAUCUAAAAUUGGUCCAUAACGAGGAGCUGUAACGAGAGCACGAUGUGGCAGACCGGGGUAACCAUGCGGAGCAAACUUCAUCUUAAAAAAAAUACGUGCAUGUCUCGAUGUAAGUCUUCACUUUUUUGGGUUGUUGUCUAAGAGAAGAGGCGCAGUUUGUUAGAGAAAUGCAGGUAAUUUGUACUAACGUAAAUGAUCCAUUAUGGAUGUAGGUUUUUACAAUUAACAUUUAAAUGCCCUAAAAUACGUAUUGAGAGUAUUUUUUCCCUGGGACAGCUAAGCGUUACCAAAAAGUUGAUUCACCGAUUCUAGUAUGUAUAAGGUCUCAAAUUAAACAUAAAGUUAUGUUUAAAUAGUUUAUUACACAAAGUAGCCGCAGUUUUUGCUACCGAUAGACAUUCUUUUGCGUUCUGACAUUCUCGGCUUCGUGUAGCCACUGUAGUAAUAAUAAUCAGAUUUAUAUCAAUAUUUAAUUAAUUUUAAUGAAUUUUAUAAUCGUUUUAUGAAUGCUCUCUACGUUUUGUACUUGGCAGUAAAAGCUAGUGUAGAAGAGGGCAGUAUGUAAUUUCCACGCAUUUAUUUGUUCAUUCCUUUUAUAUAUUUUUUAUACUUAUAAUUAAUAUUUACCUGAUUGAGGUAUUUAAUAAAAUCUUAAAAUUA